CUAACCAGAGAGCAGCCACGGUCAUACUGCUAAAGAAAACAAGUAAAUAGUUUUAAUUAUUUACUAAAAGUGCUGUUAAACGCGAGAGGAGCGAGGAUAUCCGACCAAGCCCACCUGGAUUAGUCAUCGGCAACCCCACCCACCCGGAAAAUGGGCAACAAGCAGAUAAAACAGCACCUGGAGACGGCGCAGAAGACGGGCAUCCUGAAGAUCUCGCUGCAGCGCCUGCAGGAGUUCCCGCCGCAGCUGAAGGCCUACCCGAAUGUGCUGAAGACCCUCGAUCUCAGCGAGAAUCGCUUCGAGCGCGUGCCCGACGAACUGGGCAAGCUGACGCUGCUGAAGCACCUCAAUCUCAGCGGCAACCGGCUGGCCGAGCUCAACGAGGUGGUGGGCGAGCUGGCCAAGCUGGAGGUGCUCCUGCUGAUGGACAACCUGCUGACCCGCCUGCCCAAGACGCUGGCCAACUGCAGCCACCUGAAGACGGUGAACCUGAGCAACAACCAGCUGAAGGAGUUCCCCGCGAUGCUGUGCGGCCUGAAGCAGCUGGACGUGCUGGAUCUCUCGCGGAACAGGAUCACCGAGGUGCCCGCCGAGGUGGGCGGCCUGUAUGUGACCGAGCUGAACCUGAACCAGAACCAAAUCUCCGCCCUGGCGGAGGACGUGGCCGAGUGCCCCAAGCUGAAGACCCUGAGGCUCGAGGAGAACUGCCUCCAGGCGGCCGCCUUCACGCCCCGCAUCCUCAAGGAGUCGAAGAUCUGCAACCUGGCCGUCGACGGCAAUCUGUUCAACUCGAAGCAGUUCACCGAUCUCGAUGGCUACGAUGUGUACAUGGAGCGCUACACGGCGGUCAGGAAGAAGAUGUUCUAGAUGUUCGGAACUCUUGGAGAACUUCUUUAUAUCCCCCUUUUUUUUUGUGUGCGUCCUUGGAUUUUAUUUAUCAGCUUAAACUAGUUUAAUAGCCUAAUUCCAUAUGCCUUCAGUGUAAAUCGUUAUGAAUAAAACGAAGAAAGACAAGUA